GUGACGUGACGCGGUAUCACGUGAUUAAAUUCCGUGCUGUGAUUGGAGGAGAGCAGUUCGGUCCUGCAGCGUAGACCAUCAUCACGACAUUGAGCUGAAAACCAUAACAAUGUUGUUGUCGAAGUUGUUAAAGGUUGGUGUACAGACGGGUUUGAGGUUCAGCAGUGGUGCAGCUCGAGCAGCUCCUUUAGUGAAGAGUUCUAGCACUGGGUUCUCCUUCGAUUUGACUGAGCAGCAGAAGGAGUUCCAGGAGGUGUCUCGGAAGUUUGCGCGAGAGGAGAUCGUCCCUGUUGCUCUGGAGUAUGACAAGAGUGGGGAAUAUCCAGUUCCUCUGAUCAAGAGGGCGUGGGAGCUUGGCCUGAUGAACGCUCACAUCCCCGAGGAGUGUGGUGGGCCAACACACACACACACACACACACACGCACACACACACUUGCAUCCUCAAGGAGUGUUGCUCACCCAUGUUAGUUCAUGUUGUUUAUUUGCAGGUGGUCUCGGGUUGUCUAGUUUUGAUGCGUGUCUGAUCACAGAGGAGCUGGCGUACGGCUGCACGGGGGUUCAGACUGCCAUCGAGGCCAACUCUCUUGGACAAAUGCCGGUCAUUAUUGCUGGUAACGAUGAACAGAAGAAGAAAUAUCUGGGCAGGAUGACUGAGGAGCCUCUGAUGUGUGCGUACUGUGUGACUGAACCAGGCGCAGGCUCUGAUGUCGCAGGAAUAAAGACUCGAGCUGAGAAGAAAGGAGACGAGUACAUUGUCAACGGUCAGAAGAUGUGGAUCACCAAUGGAGGAAAAGCAAACUGGUAUUUCCUCCUCGCCCGUACCAUCCCUGACCCUAAAUGCCCGGCCAGUAAAGCUUUCACAGGCUUCAUCGUGGACUCCGACACUCCUGGAAUUCAAAUCGGCAGGAAGGAGAUGAACAUGGGCCAGAGGUGCUCAGACACUCGCGGCAUCACUUUUGAGGACGUCAGGAUCCCUAAAGAGAAUGUGCUGAUUGGAGAGGGGGCGGGGUUUAAAAUCGCCAUGGGAGCCUUUGACAAGACACGCCCUCCUGUAGCUGCAGGAGCGACGGGUCUCGCACAGAGAGCACUGGAUGAAGCCACUAAAUAUUCCCUGGAGAGGAAAACCUUCGGUCGGUUUAUCGCUGAGCACCAGGCUGUGGCAUUCAUGCUGGCUGAGAUGGCGAUGAAGGUGGAGCUCGCCCGACUGGCCUAUCAGCGAGCAGCAUGGGAAGUGGAUGAGGGCAGGAAGAACACUUACUAUGCCUCCAUCGCUAAGGCCUACGCCGGCGACAUCGCUAACCAGGUGGCGUGUGACGCCGUGCAGAUAUUUGGAGGAAACGGAUUCAACAGCGAAUAUCCUGUCGAGAAACUGAUGAGAGACGCCAAGAUCUAUCAGAUUUAUGAAGGCACCGCUCAGAUCCAGAGGCUCAUCAUCUCCCGAGAACAUCUGGGAAAAUACAAACAGUGAAUGUUUCUGAUGUGGAGCCGUGUAGCUUCUCACCCCAGCAGCAGCACUCCAGAGUUUAAAGAUUAAAAUGUAGAUUAUUAUUUCAUUAGAAAACUGUUUAUAUCGUGUGAUCACCAGGUGAAGCUCUACAUCUGCCUCCUCUGGGCUUUUUACAUGGUAAUGAUUUGUUCAGUUUGUUUUCAGUUGCAGAAAAUUUAUACGAGUAUCAGAUACCUGACGUGUGUCUAUAAUUCCUGCCACUGCUCACGACUGAGUGUGAAAUAGCACAAACUCAUGGCUUCAGUUCUUUUUCUAACCAACAUCAUGUCUGUGAGAAAUAAUAAAGAACAAAGAUUAUUGUUGUAGAA